AUGUCAAACACUCCUUCUCCCUCUGCCUCUGGCAGUGUUACCACAAACGGAUCCAUGGGCGCACCCUUAUCUGCUGCCUCCGCAGCCCGUCGACCACCACGAAAGAGCACCCUUACCCAACAACAGAAGAACCAGAAGAGGCAAAGGGCUACUCAAGAUCAAUUGAUGACCUUGGAGAUGGAAUUCAACAAGAACCCAACUCCGACUGCUGUUGUGCGUGAGAGAAUCGCUGACGACAUCAACAUGACGGAGCGUUCAGUGCAAAUCUGGUUCCAGAACAGACGGGCCAAGAUAAAGAACAUUGCCAAGAAGAGCAUCGAGAGCGGUGAAGACUGCAACGACAUCCCAGACUCGAUGCGUCGUUAUCUAGCUCUCCAAGCGAUGGAAUCUGGCAAAAGCCUUGGUCGUGACUUCAUGGGCAGGACUGGUGGAGUUGCUGCUUACGGUAGCGGAAUGCUUCUUAACAGCGAUUCAAGCUCAGCCAAAGUUGUCAUACAUCAUUUCGCCUGCCGAUCACUCAGCAUCGGGUCAUGGCGUCGUGUUGGCCAGAGUGCCAUGGACUUGGUCAUCUUCUACUCUCCAGAAAAGUGUUGUGUCACCUACUACAUCAACAACGAUUCUGCGGGCUACAAAAUCGAGUAUCCCUUUUCUUACAUUAAGAAUAUCACACUCGAGAAUGGAGAUGCGGCCAGCAACGCCGAAGGAGCAUCACAGCGUCCUGGAGGUCUCGUCGUCGAGUUGAACCGCCCACCAAACUUCUUCAUGGACUCCUCAGGGUCGGGUGGUUUCUAUCAGUGUGGUGACUUUACCGAAGAACAGCAGGCCUCCCAGGUACUUGUUCACCAGCUCGGUGGUCAUCCAAAGGUCCUCAGCGGCCAGCUUGCAAAGCUCGUGUCGCUCGAGUCCUUCCAGAACAGACACAACACCUUCGACCCAACCUCCUUUGCUGUUUCAGCCCCAGUCUCACCUAUCAACCAUCGGCCUGCUUCCCAACCAAAUCACAUUGUGCAUCCUCAUCAUGGUCACGGUCAUGGUCAGAUGCCGGUGUUUCCUGACAACUCUUUCGGUCCUUCUCUUGGUCCACCCCGUGGCCAUAAACGCCAGCGCAGUCGUUCAGUGCCUAUCGCGAUUGACUUUGCUGCUCUUCGACACCAUCCUAUGCCAUCAUUCCUUGUAUCGCCCGAACCUACUCCCUACAUUCCUAACCCUGAGAUCUUUGCUCCGGUCCCUCAACAUGGGCACGGGCAAGUGAUGCAGGCUCCUAUCGGUUCACAUCUGAGCAUCGACACUUCGGCUGGAUACGGCAUGGACUUCCGACAGUACCCCAUGUCGGCUACGACAGCAAAUUCACCCUCAGAGUUUGGCACACCCGCAUUCUUCUCUACUGGUCAUCAGAACGACGGCAUGCCAGCUGCAAACUUCAAUAUGCAGUACAACAUUCCUUUUAUGACAUCGAUGCCAGAAAAUGGCCACAUGCUUCAUUCAGUGUCACCCAUGCCUAUGCAGCAACGCGACCCUGUGAUUGCCAAUCAGUCCCCACCGUUGGCGUCAAUGGGACGGAGCGACUCUGCAGACAUGUUCAGCAUGUCACAAGAUUCCGGUCUCCAUGACGAGGCACUGCAGUUGAGUGAUAUGUAUGCAAAGCAGUCGCUCAGCAUGCCGCAUACGCCAUACGUGCACACUCCGAUGGAAGAGCACAUGGAUCAAUUCGAGAUGAAUAGUCUGGUGUCAUUCGAUACUAUAGAUCCUGCGAGUCUUUCACCAGACCACACUAUGCAAUAG